AUGUCUACUCUCUUCGAACCAUCUCUCUCCACCAGCGCUAUGCGCGCCCCACUCUCCACUGCAGACGCGCCCUCAAUGGCCGACAGCCUGCCCGCCAUCACCUUCGGCUUCGACGACUUGCGCGAGCGUAUGGCACGCUUCACAGAUCGAUUCGACGAGUUCAUUGCCAGAGGACGCAGACAGGUCCUGGAGGAACGAAACCAAUUUUGCAUUAAUGUUGCCGAGCUACAAGAGGACCAGCGCAUGAAGCACAAGGACAUCGAAAUCCUGGCCCAGAAAUCGUCACACCACGCUGCCGCUCUCUCGGCCCAGGAAGUGGAAACAGCAGAGAUGCAAUCGGCCAUUGCAGCCAUAAUCCAACAACGCGAUUCACACGCCCAACACCGGGACCGUUUGAAGUCCGAAAUAGGCUCGUACAAGAAGCAGAUCGCCGCCCGACGCUCUGCCCAACAAGCCUAUGCGAAAGAAAUAGAUGCCCAAUCCCGACUUAAUGUUCCCGAACUGGAUUUCUGGGAGACGUACCUGGGACUGAGUAUCGAGGGAGCCGGGCAGGUGGAUAGGCUCAAGUUUGUAUUCAGCAACCUAGAUGAACGGGACUGGGAGAAGGAAGCCUGGUUUGAGCUUGAUACGGAGAGGAGGGAAUACAGGGUAAUAGGGUGCCGGCCGAAAGUUGAGGAGUGGGAGGUGGAGACUUGUGUCGAGCGAUUGAAUGAGAGCAGGGAUUUGGGAGCAUUUUUGAGGGGGAUGAGGGAGGUUUUUAUUAGGGGGAUGAAUUAG